AUGGAUAAUUUUGAUGAAAAUUUAUACGUUUAUGAAACGGAUCCGGACAUGGAAUAUUACGAUGAGGAUCCAAAUAUUAAUCAUUUAAUCGAACAUCAAAGUUUUCUAAGUUCCUUAAAUAAUUGUGCUUUUCCUGUUUUAGAAAAAACACUUGUUUCUGUUAUUGGAUUUUUAGUUUGGGCAUUAAUUUAUCGUCUAUCACAUUAUGUGUUACCAAAUCGAUGGACGCACGUGGUAUCCUGUAUUUGCGGCUUUGGUACGCUGUAUAAAAAUAAUAUAGCGACGUUUACGCAUGUCAUAUAUUUGGGGAUUAGUACAUAUGUCUUUUUAAUAAUAUUAGUCCAUUAUUUGAACAGUAAAUAUAAAGGAUAUUCGAUGGCGCUUUAUUGUUUUUCAUAUUUGCUAUUAUGCGAAUUUCUGGUGGAAAGUCAAGUAUGGCGUCAAAUAAGCAGUAUUCAAAUGAUAAUGGUUAUGAAAACGGUCAGUAUUGCAUUUGAUGUCGAGAAGCAAGUUAUAAAUAUGCCACCGUUUCUUCAUUACUUUGGAUACAUUUAUUCUGUUUCGAAUAUAUUAUUUGGGCCAUGGAUGUCGUUCCAAGAGUAUACAAAGAUUAAUGUUUCAUUGAAUUUUACAUCAUUCAUAACUACAGUAAAACAUGUUUUUAUAAGUUUAUCAUGUUUAUUGGUCAGCAACUGUUUUGGAUAUUGGUUAAUACCAGACGAUUGUAAUGAUUGGCUUCUGGUCUAUCGUGAUGCAUUCCUAUUUCGAACUAGCCAUUAUUUUAUAUCGCAUCUAUCGAAGGCAAUCAGUAUUACAUCCGGCUACCAUUAUACGGAUGUUGUACAUAUAACUGCCAUUGAAUUCCCAAAAUCAUUGAGUCAAGUGGUUGUACAUUGGAAUAUUCCAAUGCAUAGAUGGCUUAAACACUAUGUGUUUCGACCUUCGCAGCAUAUAGGAAAAUUUGUAGCUGUAUUAAAUGUGUACCUUGCAUCAUCAGCCUUGCACGGUUUCAGUGCAGCUCUAGCCUUAGUACUGUUAUCAUUAGGUUUUUACACAUACAUUGAGUACAUGUUACGCUCAAAAAUUAGUGCUGCAUUAAAUAGUUGUACGUUAGUGACGUCUUGCAAGGAGAAUUGUGGACAUGCGUACACAAAACGAAGUACAUUAACAAUAUUAGUGAAUUUAUUUUUUACUGGAUUAGCAAUACUACAUUUAGCGUACUUAGGUGUUAUUUUUGAGGAUAUAUCGUUGAUGCGUGCUACAAAUCCCCUAACACACACGAUAUCAACAUGGGCGGAUGUUGGAUUUAUUAGUCAUAUUAUUAUUGGAAUACAGUGCGUUUAG